AUGACUCAGUCAUCUACAGGCGUUAUAAUCUGGGAACUUCAUUACGGGAUCUCUUGAUUAUUUAGUUUUAGAAGAUUAACACAAGAUAAGGAACUAACGCUGUAUGAUAUAGAGAUAUUCCGUGCAAUCGGAAUCUGUGUCGUUUCCAGGGGAACGCUUUGCUAAAUUACACAGUGGUUGGUCGACCAUGCGAAGUUUUGAAGCAGUUGGUAAAUUAUAACAGACUCUGUACUUUUGAAGAGGAAAAUAAAAGCCGACUUGACUUUACUCUGGCUAUCAAGAGGUCACUUUCAGUUUUCCGACACCGGGUUCUUUGUCCUACUUUUUGAGAAUGAACAGCUGUACCGCCAUCACCGGAUUAAUUUUGCUGGUAGUGACCAAUUUAGCCUGCAUUGUCAGUUUCGCCACGCCUUACUGGCUGAACUACGAAUCGAAGACGAUAGGUUUGUGGGCGGAAUGUGAAGACCAGAAAUGUGAAUGGGUAUUUGAAAAAUCAGACUACAGUCCCAGCGAUAAGGAUUACGUCAUCGCCUCCCAGGGUUUGAUGUCUGUGGGUCUGGCCGUGUGUCUCAUUGCACUCCUUGUUGCAACACUAGCCUUAUGUUGCCAAUGCACUAGUUGCAACCAUGCAGGAUUUGUUGCGGGCUUGCUUAUAACGGCGUUUUUAAGCAUGGGAAUAGCCACAGCUGUGUACGGAAUCAAAUCUUCAAAAGAUGAAAAUGCCAAAGUGUCGAAUGGCGCGCCCGUUCAUUUUGGAUGGUCGUUCUGGGUAGCGGUGGGGGCGGCUGGAAUGGCAAUGGUGACGUCACUGAUUUAUGGCUGUUCUUCCAAAGGAACAGACGAAUAAUGUGACGAGAAAUUUCAACAGAGAAUAUAAAAACUUUGUUCAUUCCUGUACUAACAGUAUCCCUGUUAUGUGUAUAGUAGUAUAUAACUGUUAGAUAAAUCAUAGAAUAAUUUAGUAAUUUUAAUACAUUCAUGUUUUAUUUUUCUCUUUGUAGUGUUAUGUAGAUAUAUUUUUUGUGAUAUUUUCAUUUUUUAAAUUUAUCUUAUAAAUAUAUAUAUGAAACAGUCAGGAAGUUGUACAUUUAGAUGAAUAAUUUCCUUAAUUGUUAAUAAUAUAAAACACAAGUACCCUAAUUAAGAAUAUGCAGAAUUUCAGUUUCAGGAAGUGCACAAUUUCAGGAAAUGGACUUUAUCUACAUCUCUCCACGAGGAAGUUAUAAAGGACAAUGAAAAUUUCAGAUGUGAAUUCGUAGCCGUAUUUCAAUCAUGUUUGAUAACAUGUCUUUUAAUGGUAGUUAUUUUUUAGUUGACACGAAUAAUAUUUUGGACUAUGAAAAUGAACUAGUAGUUGCUUUGGCUGGAAACACGGCCGUGUUGGUUCUGUUUAUGCUUUUUGGCUCCUUUGGUAACUGUUUGGUGCUAUUUGUUUACAAAGACUACAAAUUCUCCAACAAAUUAGACGACCGCCGCUUCAUUCCCUAUUUGGCACUAAUGGAUUUUAUGGCUUCCUUAGCGUCAUCCUGUCAAUACAUGAUCGAAAAUGGAUAUCCUCUGCGAUAUCCCGGAAGUUUAUCCUGCAAGGUUUUGACAUUUACAAGCCUGCUUCCGGCAUCUAUUUCGGGGAUGAUUUUGCUUGCAAUUGCAUUUCACCGAUAUAAAAGAGUUUGUAAUCCUUUUUCACGCUUGCACAUUACACAGACUCAAACAAUUGCAAUGACCGCUGUCGCCGGCUUAGUUAUAUCCCUUCCCUCGUUAGUCUUUAGCGACACAACUUUCUAUUUUGACAUCGAGCAUGGAAUCAACGCGACAAAGUGCCAGCGACUGUCACCCACAUUGAAAAUCUCGUCCAGUGUGUAUUCGUCGUUUAUAGCAGCACUAUGUGUCGGAGGUAUUGUUUUUAUUAUUGUGACCUACUCACUGGUCGGUGUCCGCAUCAAGAGACAGUACUCUCAAGCCCAGUCCACGAUUCGAACGACUCCCGCCAACGAUAUCGACGAAAUGUCCGAUGACCUGACGGCAAGCACCUUCUCCUUGUCUACUUUUGCCACGAAAGAUAUACUUGGUCACACAAAAGACCUUAAAACACAAUCCACUUUCUACCUAGAUGAUAUUGAUCAAACAGAAAAUUCAAGUUGUGUGCCAUCUACCAUUUAUACCCUCGAUACAACGCUAAAGAAGAAGAAAAAGCGCGCCAAGCAAACAAGAUUUAUUCAACGCAAGCGAGCUCGCUUUUUAAGAUUUACUUGGAUGUUUGUUUUAAUGUCGGCAGUAUAUUGCUGUUCACUUCUUCCUCGAGUUAUCGUUCGUGUUCUAGAGGUGGCGGUCACAAACUUCUGGUUCAAUCUUGACAGGGAAAAGCUGGUGGCUAUGACGUUUCUGGCACGAAUUUACAUCAUUAGUUUUAUUGUUAAUCCGUUAAUCUACGGAUUCUUUGAUAAUAAGUUCCGUAAAAAAUGUAAGCGUCUAUUCAGAAACUGCGAUUGUUAUUUUCGAGUCACAACAACGACAGUAUAGCUAUAUGUUAUUAUGUAAUUAUAUUGGACCUUUUGUAUAAACAAAAUUGUGCUUAUCUUACUUCCUGAAUUAUCCAUGAACAAAAGCAUUGUUUUAUUUGAAGAUGUAAGGUUAACCGUCUCCUAGAAGAAAAUCUUGCUUGUUUUUUUUUAAAGUCACUGAUAUUAAGGUACAUGUAUUCAAUGUAUAAUGACGGGACUUUGAACAAUUUUCUUAAACUAGUUAAAAAUGCAUUGCUAGAUAACGAUGACAGUGAAAUGAACCAAAUUCAUAUGACAGAUAACAUGUAAGCAGCCUUAAAAGUUUUUGAAGAGUUAUCUGCCCUUGAUGAAGAGAAAAAAAUUGUAAUUUUUUCAAAAUAUCUAUGGUGAAUGAUUCAUGUCAUUUCAUAUUAUAAUAAAGAGAGAGUUUAUGUACAUAUUCACCAAGAGAUUUGUAUGAAAUUCAAAUUACUUUUUACAAUAUCUUAAUAACACAUGCGCUGCCCAUAGACUACAAUGUUAACUUCAAGGUACAAUUGUACAAUAAUCAAAUUUGGUAAAUUCCUUUGGUGGAGUUUUUUUGCUUGAUAACACCUUCAAAAAUGCUACCAUGAUUUAAAAAUUGGAUCAUUCAUUUAUUAGGUACAAAAAAUGGUCGUUAUAUAUUGAAUACCUUAAUAUUUUAAAUUUCCCUUUAGACAAUUGAUAUGACACUAUAUUUUUGUAUCUUUACUGCUUCAUUCCGUUAUAAUUAAGGAGUGCCAUAUUUUUUUGACAGCAAAACUUUGAAAAGGGUUCAUAAAGCUCUCGCUAAAAUCGCAGUUUAUUUCAAUACUUUUUUAUAAUCGUAGUGCGCAAUUGAUAAUAAAUUUGAUACAUUAUAUCUUUGACAUUAAACUUGUAUAAUCAUUUA